GGGGGAGGAGGAGGAGGGUGCGGGAGUCAUGGCGGCGGCGGUGGCGGCGGCGGCGGAGGUGCAGCGGCUACAGGCCCGGCUGGAGGAGCUGGAGCGCGCCGUGUACGGCCCGGGCCCGCAGAAGCCGGACGCCCCGACGGUGGCCGACGGCUUGGUCAAGCUGCAGGUGGCCCUGGGGAACAUCGCCAGCAAGAGGGAGAGGGUGAAGAUUUUGUUCAAGAAGAUCCAAGACCUGGUCAAGUAUCUGGACCCCCAGUACAUGGACCGCCUCAUCAUGCCCGACGCCUCCAAGCUGCAGUUCAUCCUGGCAGAGGAGCCGUUUAUCCUGUCCCAGAUGGCCCUGCUGCAGCGGGUGGAAGCCCUGGUGCCCCUCCUGGACAGCCCCCAAGUGAAAGUGGUCCCGGAGCACGCCCGGCGGUUGCGGGCCCUGGCCCAGAUCCACGUCCAGCAGCAGGACCGGUGUGAGGAAGUCACGGAGGCGUCCAAGCAGCUCCUGGAGGAGUACAACAAGAUGACCGUGCUGCUGUCCAAGCAGUUCGUGCGGUGGGACGAGCUGUUGACCCGGCUGGAGGCCGAGAAGCAAGCGAAGCCGGCGGCGGAGUGAAGGCGGGCGCCGCCCCGUCCGGCCCGCGCCCCCCACCCUCGUUCAACGUCGCGGCUUUGCCGCCGCCCCGGGUGCCCCGGGGGAGAGGGGGCCGGACGUGCUUUCGGGGGGGGGGCCGCCGUCCGCGACAAUAAACGGCUCGUGCGGCAGGUGCGCGCGGUCUGAUG